AUGGCCUCUUCUGCUUCACCAUGUCAGUCAAUUAAACCGUGUAAAAUGUCAGGAAUUCUGCCAUGUAAAGGCUGUCAGCGGAACUUCUGUCAAGAUCACAUGAUUGAACAUCGACAAGAAUUAGCAGGUGACUUUCAACGUGUAUUAAGUGAUCGGGAUUUACUCUAUCAACAAAUAUAUUGCGAAACUUCUUCCACUGGUCCCCAAGCAUUUGAUUAUGUCACAAAAUGGGAAAGAAAAACUAUUGAGAAGAUAAACAUGAUUGCUGAUCAAGCUCGACGACAGAUGCAAGACCUACUUGAUGAGACGAGACUCAAAGUAAAAGAGAAAUAUGAUCAAUUGUCGGCUGAACUUCGCCAAAGACAAGAAUCUAGUCACUUUUUCGAACAGGACAUUGACAGAUUAAGUAAAACACUUCAGCAAAUCAAACUUGAUUAUGAAUAUCAGGACACGACGGCAACAGUGACGGCUAAAGCUCGAACUAUCGACUUUGACAAUAUUUUUCACAUAACGCUAAACCCGACAACAAACGUCAGUCAAAAUCAGUUAUUUAUAGGCGGAACACUAUUAGCUGACAAACAACAUCAAUCGAAACUCAAUGAAUUUUAUGGAACACCGCAUCAACAAUGGGAGUUGAUUUACAAAGCUACAAGAGAUGGGUUUGAAACCAACAAUUUUCAUUGCAAAUGCGAUGGCAAAAGCCCAACGAUCGUACUUAUCCAAUCCAAAAACGGCGGUUAUCUGUUCGGUGGCUACACAGCUGUCCCAUGGAGCUCACAACGCACUGCUAUAAGAGACCCAACCGCCUUUAUUUUCACUCUGACCAACCCAAACCCAAUUCCAAUAACAAACUUUACCAUUCAACAAGCAGCCAUCGACUACGCGGUAUUCCAUCAUCCACAGGCCGGACCAAUAUUUGUGGAAGCAACAAGUGUGAAAUUAACGAGAUUGAAAUUUACUGUUUACUGUGAAGGGUUUCGACGUAAAGAGAACGGCUCGUUAAAAGUAACGUAG